AUGUCCACCGGCUCCAUCAGCGACGCGGACGAGUUCCACGACGCGGAACUGCUAGACGGUCUGCUACCGUUCGGUUCGGCCGUGGACCCGGCGGCGGGCGCGUCACGAGAAAGCGCCGAGGACAGCUCCAACGGCGAGGGGUCCGCGGCCACCGAGCUCACCGGACACGCGCCGGGCAAGCGGCGCAAAGCGGCCACGUCCUCGCGCAGAGCGGUGUCCGGUGGAGGCGCGGCCGUGUCGGCGGCCCACGAGGGCAAACAGGUCCAGAGGAACGCGGCGAACGCGCGCGAGAGGGCGAGGAUGCGCGUGCUGAGCAAAGCGUUCUCGCGGCUGAAGACCACGCUGCCGUGGGUUCCACCGGACACCAAACUGUCCAAACUGGACACACUGCGGCUCGCCUCGAGUUACAUCGCCCACCUGCGCCAGAUCUUAGCCAACGACAAGCACGAGCACGGAUACAUCCAUCCCGUGAACCUGACGUGGCCGUUCAUGGUGGCGGGGAAACCAGAAAACGAGCUGAAAGAGAUGCUGAACUCCAGCAGAUUAUGUGGCACCACUGCAUCCUGAGAGGAUUUUAACCUUAAAA